AUGAGAUCAUGCCAUGAUGCUCCAUUUUCGGACAUCUUGGCUUCUCAGAUCUCGACGCCUGAGUCUACGACGUCUUCGACAUCCUCCAAUGCCAAAGGCGCAGAGCACACCUGCCCGAAUGAGGUGCCAUGCAGAAGGAGCUGGUACAUCGCUGCAGGUAUCUCUCUGUUGAUCAUUGGGCAGGUCUUUCUGAUUUGCUGGGCCUGUAUGCCAGCACCACCAUAUGGCUUUGGCCAUCAACAUGUGAUCUUCACACCGCAUGGAUCCUUUGCCUACAACCAAGUCUUAGCCACGAUGCACUGCAUUUGUGCCCUGACCUUUUGCUUGAUUUGGCGACGAGGAGAUGCCCCGAUCUUACUCUCUGAGCCUCAGAUCUAUCUGAUGACCGGAUGGUCCUUUUGGCUGUUGGGAGCCGCCUACUCGUUGGUGGUCUUGCGAGGAUUGUCCAUGGCAGUCCAGAUUGUCGUGGCCUCCUUCCAGGGUGCCAGCUGCGCCUGUAUCGAGUUUGCCUUUACCUACCUGCUCCAGUGCCGGCUUUCCUUGCUGGAAAGAGGCUUCGGCUCUCCUAUGGGUUCACAGGUGGCCUGGCGGAUCCGGCUCUUCACCAUGGUGUGCCAACUGAGCUUGGUGGUCAUCGGCGCGCAAGGGGAGGCGAUCGGAUCCCAAAAGGCAAUCGACUGGGCCUAUGCAGCUUUCCAUUUGACUGCGGCCAUUGGUGUCACAAGCAUCUUGUUGGUCUCGGUGCGUGCAUUUUGGUCCGUGACCAAUGCAAUGAGAGAGAUCCCGGUACCAAAGCAAAGCUUCGCCAAGAUGGAGAAGGAGUGGUCCUUGAAUGUCUUCAAGCGGAUGACACUGGCUGUUGUAGUUUCGGCUUCAGUAAGUAUCACCGCACACUUGUUUUGUGUCCAUGCCAUCCUUCUAGUCCAUGGGGGUUUUCGAGCCAUUCUGGGCACGGCAUAUCACUUCGCAGACAUCGUGGCCGAAGUGAUGGGGCUCAUUUUCAUUGUGGGAAUCCUGAAGCCUGAGAUGCCGGAUAUCAAGCCGGAAAUCCGAUCCAUGCGUGGGGCGUCGAUGCUGUUUGAUUCAUCGCAGAAUCCUUGGAAUGCCAAGGUGCAGGAGCUCGCUCAUUGCAGCAUCGAUCUGGAGAACCUGUUGGAUUUCUAUGAUAAGUUGGGAGGAGAGACCAUGAAGCAUUUCAAUCCUUUCCUGUCGACCACAGCAGAUGUAGUCCGGCAGGCCGUGAUUCCCCUCUCUAGGAUGGAAGGAAUGGAAGGAAGAGGCUUUGCUUACACCGAUGUGCUGGCUGCAAAAGGUAAGCUGAGCCAGCAGAUGCCAGAUUGUAUGGUGACUCACACUUGGUCUGGCCUCUUCCUUCACUUGGUUGCUGCCAUCGUGUCAGAUGCACUAGGGCUGGAUGAAUAUCAUCGGAUAGCAUCAAAGAUGAGCAGUGGCAAACUUAUGCGGGUCAAGCAAAAGCUUGCUGCAAAGGGUGUGCUGCACAACAGAUACUGGAUUUGCUGCUUUUGUGUGAAUCAGCAUGCCAGCAUUUGUAAUGGUGUCGGAGAGGCUCCUUCUGAUCCAGCAGCGCUUGCUCGCUGGGAACGGAACCGCAGAGACACAGUGACAGGUCAACUGUUGAGCCUUUGCGAUUGCAAGGAGCCCAAAGUUUUGAAUGAUCAGCCAGACAAAUGCGAACUGAACAAGUUUCAUUCCAUGAUGCUUUGGCUUCAACAGCAGAAGCCGAACUUCCGGCAGCUUGUUGCGGCAGAUGGCGACUUCAAUGUCUUUGAGCGAGCAUGGUGUGUCGCGGAAUUGGUGGCAGCACAUGAUGCUGACAUCCCACAGCGGAUUUGCCUUUAUUCCAACAGUCCAUUUGACUUCGAUGAAGAAGACCUGUCUGCCUAUGCCAAGUUGGCCAGCAUUUCAGUGGCUAAUAGUGUGGCAACGCGGCAGGAGGACAAGGAGAUGGUCUUGCAACAGAUCUUCUCCGUGAAGGACUUCGACCGAGAGUUGCAGCACUUGAUCUUUGGCAACCGUUUGGUGAAGCAGAAGUCUAUCGGUUACGACUCCUUGGCCCUUGCCGCGCGGACGUCUCGGCGGCUUCAAGCGGUAUGGGACCAGGUCAGAGGUGGCGACGUGAAGCUUGCCGCGGGGUUACUGUAA